CCUUCAUUUCUUGAAAAUGUAUGUUCUCAUUCUUGUUCAUUCUUCUUUAAAGACAACAAUGAGCUUUCAUUCAUCUAUAAGUAGCUUGUUAGAUCAUAAGCUUCCUUGCAACUUAGAAGCUAGCAAGACAUCAAGAAUUAUUAUACAUUCUUUCAACUAGAAAUGCAACCAAAUCUUGCAUUUUUGGCUCUUCUGGCCUUCCUCUUUAUUGCAAGCACUUCAUAUGCCAGGCCUGCUCCGGAACAUUAUCUUCAUGUGAUGAAAGGCGAGGCAAUGCUGAAGCAGCAAAACCUCACUGAGAUAAGGAAUUCUGGUUUGAACAAGAAACUAACGAGUGAUGCUAAAGAAAAACUUGGUGAGGCCAAUGUGCAUUAUCCAGAGCAGCGUCUCACCGAGGAGUAUGAUGAUCCUCUUUUCAAGGAAAAGAAGACUGUUGAUGAAUUUGGACCAGAUUUUCCCAUAUAUGGUGGUCAGGAAAAUAGGACUGUUGAUGAAUUUGGACCAGAUUUUCCCAUAUAUGGUGGUCCUCUUUUUGGGGCAGAGAAGAAGGUUGGGGGUAAACCUAAGCCAUAACCAGAUUUUACUGAUCACCGUGGCUUAAUACGGAUAGUGUAAGCAUGAGCCUUGUUGACCACAAAGCUCUGCGAAAUACAAAUAAGAUGGUUGUCUUUGUGCUGUAUGUGUCAUGUGCCCUUCUUAGAGUAGUAAGAAUAACUCAUGUCGCUAUAAGCUAUGCGUUAUAGAAUAACACUGUUUUGUUGAGACAUCACUCUUGAG